AUGCUUGCAACAGGCAACACUAACAUCAAGGACAACAAGGUAGAUGCCAUUCUCAAGUCCUCAGGGCCCAUCAACUUCACCAUGUUCCUGAAGAUGUUUGGAGGGAUGAACACCUCUUUGUGGGCAAGCACAACUAUUAUUUUCAAGAGGUUCAAUCUUGAUGGCAAUGGAAGCAUCCACAAAGAAUACAUCAAAGGUCUACUGAUGUUUCAAGCCAACAGGAUGACUGCACAUCAGAAGCUGGAGUUUGCCCUCAUCAAUGUGGCUGGUAACCUAGACUACAAAGUGUUGAGCUAUAUCCUUACCCAUGUGGAGGAGGAAGUAUGA